GUUCGAAUACACGCACAAGAAACAGACGGGCGGAGCAGGCCAGUAUGGCAAAGUCAUAGGAGUUCUUGAGCCCCUGGACCCCCAGGACUACACAAAACUGGAGUUUGAAGACAGAACCAUCGGCACAAAUAUUCCAAAACAAUUUGUGCCCGCUGUUGAAAAGGGAUUCCGAGAAGCAUGUGAAAAAGGUCUAGUGUCAGGGCACAGGAUAUCUGGAGUCCGGUUCGUCCUGGAUGAUGGCGCACAUCACAUGGUGGACUCGAAUGAAAUCUCUUUCAUCAGAGCAGGAGAAGGAGCCCUGAAGCAAGCUAUGGAAAACGCCACUGUGCGUAUACUCGAGCCCGUUAUGGCAGUGGAGGUGAUGGCACCCACUGAGUUCCAAGGAGCGGUGAUAGCUGGAAUUAAUCGCCGUCACGGAGUGAUCACAGGACAAGACGGCGUAGAAGGUUACUUUACUCUCUAUGCUGAGGUGCCACUGAACGAUAUGUUUGGAUACGCCACCGAGCUCAGGUCUUGCACAGAGGGAAAGGGUGAAUAUACAAUGGAAUACUGUAAAUAUCAUCCAUGUUUGCCCAGCACUCAAGAAGAAAUAAUUAACAAAUACCUCGAAGCAACAGGACGACUUCCUGCAAAGAAGGGCAAAGCCAAGAGCUGA